GGCGGGAGCAGCGAACCAGAGCCAGAGCUCUCUCCUGUUUGUCCUCUCGCACAGAUGCUGCCGCCGCCACUGGGUCACUGCCAUGCCGUCUAUUAAUAAAGGACGACUCGCCGCAGCCAGGGCAGCGAAGUGAAGAAAUUAAUACUAACCAUUAUUAAACACGUCACCGUUUCUGCCUCCAUUUGGCCCUGCAGGGGGAUGACCCGUCGCGCGAGUAAUGUGACACAACAAAGCUGCGGGACCUGAUUAACAGAAACGCAUAUUUUUCUUCUCCUUCUCCUUCUUCCACAUCUCUAUCCGCCUCCGAGGACCGCUCAUCGGCUGCUAUUGUCCGGUUCACCUCUCACCCGGAGGCGCCGCUGUCAUCCCCUCCUACUGAGCGCCUUUAUCCGCACAGGCGUCCGCGGCUUGUUGGUAAACACUGAACCCGGCGGCAGGGACUCCCUCUGGUGCAUUGAUGCACCCGUUUCAGUGGUGUAACGGGUGCUUCUGUGGUCUGGGACUGGUUUACUCAAACAAGUCGUGCACCAUGCCGCCCAUCACCUUCCAGGACCUACCGCUCAACAUCUACAUGGUCAUCUUCGGGACAGGCAUCUUCGUCUUCAUCUUGAGCCUCAUCUUCUGCUGCUAUUUCAUCAGCAAACUGCGACACCAGGCACAGAGCGAGCGCUUUGGCUACAGAGAGGUGGUGCUGAAAGGAGAUCCGAAAAAAUUAAAUCUUCACGGGCAGACAUGUGCCGUGUGUCUGGAGGACUUUAAAGUGAAAGACGAGCUGGGGGUGUUACCCUGCCAACACGCGUUCCACAGGAAAUGUCUUGUAAAAUGGCUGGAAGUACGCUGCGUGUGCCCCAUGUGCAACAAACCCAUAGCGGGCCCCCCCGAGCAGCAUCACAGCAUCGGGACUCUCCUUGAUGAACUGGUAUAGCCUCCGAACUCCUGCAAUGCCCCGGUUGGGAGGCCGGUGCUCAGCCACAUCCUGACCAGUGAGAGCAGGGACACGCAGUCGAAAAAGCACCAAGAACGGGGUAACCUAGAUACCACCUGGAGAAAAGCCUUUGAGGGUUACUGCGAGAUUAUCUUCAGCCACCCACACAUCCCUCCACCACUCUUCUUUAAGCAUCCCUCCCCUGCACCCGCUCCUUCACAUCCUCCGCUGCCGCCUGGAAUGAGGCUAUACAGGCAUCCCUGAAGUGGAGGAGGCAGCUGUUCCACUGACGUGUGGACAAAGAUUUGCGUGGAUGGGGUGUGCGAGGAGUCAGUGUACCAGCCUUGCAUGUGACAGUGGUCACGAACAUGAAAUUAUAGCCGUACCCACUGAGACCCGUGUGGAAAAACAACACCAGCAGACGACACCUUUCAGAUGAGGAGAUCUGACGGGGGGGAUUAAGGCCACGUGCAGACAAAAGUCCUGCUUACUGCUACGUGGUCUCCGUUAAAGGCUUGUUUGUAAAAUUGUAAAAAGAAGAAGAAGAAAACAGGUAGAGAAAGAGGGAUCUUUAACUUUUUGUAAAGACUAAAUUAAAUCCCCUGUGGUUAAAAGGUAUGUAAACAUGACUGCAGAGUAAUUUGUGGGGUCUGUAUUGGUUCUCUUCCUUUUUCCAUGUGAAGCAAAAGUCAUAAAACAGGAGAAACCAACUCACUUCAUCAAUGAUUUUAAAAUAUCCAAUCUAGUCAUUAUUUAACAGCUUCAUUAUGCCCAGGAAUACUAAAUGUUUCUGUUGAGACACAUGGAAGGUUUUAAAAUCCUCCAGUCUCUCAUUGUUAGAGACAUGUGACUGAAUAUUAGCAUUACACCAAAAAUUAAAACGCUAAGUAAAUUAAUUUCUUUUUUUUUUUUUUAUAUAAAUUUUUCCUAUUUCUCCGUUUUUAGACUAAUGCCAUAAUGUGAAAAAUAAAGUCUAAAUGCUGAGAAUAAAAUGUACAUUAAAGAAUAUAAUUUUGGGAAGACAGUGAGGUUCACAUGAACAAACUUUAAAGAAUAAAGGGACUGUUUAAUUUACUUGAUUUUAUUUGUUUGUGAGAUAAAUUCUGUCCAUCAGUUCUAUCAGCUUUGAAGUAAAACUCCCUCAGCAACAUCAAACUGAAUUAAAAUGUUGGAUUAUUUACCCGUUUAAAUAACCAGAUGAACAUUACGCUUGUAAAGAAGAAAGUUUAAAUGUUAAGAAAUUUGAAAAUAUUGUUUCAAGACUGAAGCUGAGUUUCAAGGAAUUAAUUUACAAAGAUAAUGUAUUUUUAUUAUACUUCAAUUAAUUUUAAACGGGCAUAUUAUUUCAAGAUAAUAAGGUGAGAUUUACUGGAAUUAACUUUUUUCAAAGUUUUUAACAGUGAUGAUUUUUUUUAAAUUGAAAGAAACUGAGCCGUGACAUUCACCUGCAAAAAAAAAAAAAAAAACAGUACAAACGAACUUGGCUUUAAUCUCUGCAUGCUUUUUUGAUUUCAAAAUGUACUUUUUUUUUUUCAUUCAUUAAAAUUUUUUGAUAAUUUUUUACAGAUUGCACUUUGACCUCACUAACUGCAGAAAACUUUUUGAUUGUAUAACACUAAAAGUUGAGGGGGGGGGGAAGCAGGACUGCAAGGCUUCAGAAACUAUUAAGUAAUGCAACAAUACUGCGUCAUAUUUUCAUGAUUCUCUUUGACAUUUGUCCCUAAUAGUUGUUUUUUUUGUCACUUAAAAGCGUAAUACUGCCUGAAUUGAGCUCAAAACUCACUAAGCACAUUGUUGGAUCACAACAGACACCUGCACUGUAGUUAAAAUGUUAGUGAAUGAAGUAAACAUGGGGUAAAAGGUGAUUCUGUUGCAAUUUAGGCAAACAACAAUGUUCCCUCUGACUCCAGCCACAUUCCACGUUUUGUAAGACAAAAGAUGUAAAUACUUGGAAAAAAAAGUGAAAAAAAUAAAGUUGUUUGCUCAUU